CAUGUGCUCACCCCGCCACCCCACCGAGACGGCGUCUUUUCGAUGACAUUGCCAUCUCACACUUCGUCAAACAGCACCAAGAGCGUCUGCAUCGCGAUCCCUCGUCAUCCUUACAGCGCGCUAUCCCACUGUAGACGUAUUAUGUCCGAGCGUACACAAGCCCAGGCCAACUCACUUCCCCGGCCCACUUCACCGAGGCAGCAAGGCCACUCCUCUCCACGCCCCUCACCACCGCCGGCUCCGCCGCAUCGCCAAACCUCGCCGUAUCGCCAGGCGUCGCCGCAGUCACCUCCCACACACUCGCGCACCCCCUCCGACGCCCGCGGCCACUCGCGCACCCCCUCGCACACCCCUCACACCCCCUCUCACUCCCACACCCCGCCUCCGUCCUACAACCUCCCCCGGCAGCGCUCCUCGUCUCGCUCGCAGCCCGCCCCGCUCGACCCAUCCCAAGACGUGCUGACGGCUGGCGACGGCCUCGCCUCCUCCCUCGGCGUGUCGCCCACGAGCUACGCGACAGCGCAGGUGCGCCGCUCCUACGAGCUCUCUGAUCUGUCGGGGGCGACGGCGGAGAGUGCACAGGGCCCCGCGGACGGGCUGACCGGCUUCGACCCCGCCGCGGGGUAUCAGGAGGGCAGCGGGGGCGCGUACACUGCCAGUGGGGGGAUGCAGGUCGUGCCGAUGAACGCGCCGGCGUUGAUGUACAGUGGGGGGCCGAAGUAGGGGUAGUAGGGGAGGACGAGGAGGGCG